AUGGCUAAACGUUCUCACGGAAAGGUGGCUAAGAACCCGCAACAGUCCAAAAGACAACGCGUGGAGAAAGAGGAAAUCGAGGAAAACACUGAUUCUCUUGUUACUGAGAUCAAUAACGAGUAUAAUGAUGUUGAAGCGCUUCUAGAGAAAGACAGCGAAAGCGAGAAGGAAGAGGACGAGAAGGAAAACGCGCACAGCAGUGAGUCUGGGGAAGAGGAAGAAGAGGAAGAACAAGAAGAGGAAGAGGAAGAAGAAGAAGAGGAAGAAGAAGGAGAAGAAGAAAGAGAGGAAGAAUCUGAUCGUUCUGACAGACUACAAAUCAAAGAAAACCCUGAAGAUUUUGCCGAUCUUCAUCUGUCUGAGCCAACUAUGAAGGGAAUUCAAGACAUGGGAUUCACAAAGAUGACUGAAGUUCAAGCCAGAACCAUUCCACCACUUCUGGCCGGAAAAGACGUGCUUGGAGCUGCCAAGACAGGUUCCGGUAAGACUCUGGCUUUUUUGAUUCCUGCCAUUGAGUUGUUGUACUCGCUCAAGUUCAAGCCUCGUAACGGAGCGGGCGCCAUUGUCAUUACACCAACUAGAGAGUUGGCUCUCCAGAUUUUUGGUGUUGCUCGUGAACUAAUGGCACACCACUCUCAGACUCUAGGAAUUCUUAUUGGUGGUGCAAAUAGACGUCAAGAAGCUGAAAAAUUAGCAAAAGGUGUGAACUUGAUCAUUGCCACUCCAGGAAGAUUGCUGGACCACUUGCAAAAUACGAAGGGAUUUAUUUUCAAGAACUUGAAGACAUUGAUUAUAGACGAAGCAGACAGAAUCCUGGAAAUUGGAUUUGAGGAUGAAAUGAAGCAAAUAGUGAAGAUCUUACCUAACGAAAAAAGGCAAUCCAUGCUGUUUUCUGCAACGCAGACAACUAAGGUUGAGGAUCUGGCUAGAGUGUCUCUUAACAAGGCACCUUUAUACAUCAACGUUCACCAAGAUAGAGAGACUUCAACUGCCGAUGGGCUGGAACAGGGAUACGUCGUUUGCGACAGCGACAAACGGUUCCUGCUCUUGUUCUCAUUCCUCAAGCGGAACCUCAAGAAGAAGGUUAUUGUUUUCCUGUCGUCUUGUAACUGUGUGAAAUAUUACAGUGAGCUUCUGAAUUAUAUUGAUUUACCAGUUUUGGAUCUCCACGGGAAGCAGAAGCAGCAAAAGCGCACUAACACGUUCUUUGAGUUUUGCAACGCCAAACAGGGAAUUUUGAUCUGUACGGAUGUGGCUGCUAGAGGUCUUGAUAUUCCAGAGGUCGACUGGAUCAUUCAAUUCGAUCCACCUGAUGAUCCUCGUGAUUACAUCCAUCGUGUUGGUCGGACUGCUAGAGGAAGCAAAGGAAAGGGUAAAUCGCUGAUGUUUUUGACUCCUUCAGAGCUAGGAUUCCUGAGAUAUCUGAAAGCUGCCAAAGUUCCUCUCAAUGAGUACGAGUUCCCAGCCAACAAAAUUGCCAACGUGCAAUCUCAAUUGGAGCAGCUUGUCAAGAACAACUACUGGCUCCACCAAUCUGCUAAAGAUGGGUACCGAGCAUAUUUACAGGCAUAUGCGUCUCACCAUCUAAAGACGGUGUAUCAGGUUGACAAGCUAGACUUGGUGAAAGUUGGCAAAUCGUUUGGAUUUCCGGUUCCUCCAAAAGUGAAUAUAACUAUCGGCUCGAGUCUUUCCAAAAAAAAGAAAUGA